AUGUCGAUUCCUAGCAGAUCCUCCGUGUUCCUCGUUUUCAUUUCGUGGUGCUUGAUGGCGCAGAAGGCCUAUCCACAACCCAAUAACCGAGCAUCGCCACAAGUCCCGUGCUUUUACAUAUUCGGCGACUCUUUAGUCGACAAUGGCAACAAUAACGGUAUCCUCACGCUCGCUCGUGCAAACUACAUGCCUUACGGCAUAGAUUUUCCGCAGGGGACCACAGGACGUUUCACCAAUGGCCGCACUUUUGUCGACAUUUUAGCACAACUGUUGGGCUUCCCGAACUACAUUCCGCCUUACGCCAGGGCCCGUGGCCGCCAGUUACUUCAAGGAGCGAAUUACGCGUCCGGAGCUUCUGGAAUCAGAGACGAAACAGGAAACAAUUUGGGAGACCACAUGUCGAUGAACCAGCAGGUCGACAGCUUCGCGGCCACCGUGCAGCAGCUGAGGAGGUUUUUCAGAGGAAAUGAUGCCAUGCUCGGAGCCUACCUAAGCAAAUGUAUAUUUUACGCGGGCUUGGGAAGCAAUGACUAUCUAAAUAAUUACUUCAUGACAGAUUACUAUUCCACAAGCUCUCAGUACACACCUAAAGCUUAUGCUGCUUCUCUCAUCCAGGACUACACUAAACAAUUGACGACAUUAUACAAUCUGGGAGCUCGGAAAGUUAUCUUGGCUGGAGUCGGGCAGAUCGGGUGCAUACCGUACCAGCUGGCACGAUACGAAGGAAACGGGAGUCGGUGCAAUGAGGAGAUCAACAAUGCUAUAAGCCUUUUCAACACGGGCCUCAAGAGGAUCGUGGACCAGUUUAAUUACAAGGGUGGGGCAAAGUUUGUGUAUUUGGACUCGUUCCAGAGCAGCAAGGAUUUGGUUCAGAACGCGAAAAGUUACGGUUUUCAAGUGGUGGACAAGGGGUGUUGUGGUGUGGGGAGGAACAACGGGCAAAUUACGUGCCUUCCGCUUCAGACGCCGUGCGAUGAUCGACGUGUGUACGUGUUCUGGGAUGCUUUUCACCCCACGGAGACGGCUAAUAUCUUGCUCGCCAAGAAAGCUUAUAGCUCUAAGUCUAAGUCGUAUGCUUAUCCAAUUAACAUACAGCAGCUGGCAAUGCUCUAG